AUGGCGACACCUCUGCAAGAUUGGCCAGUCCAACGCGAGUAUGACCCUAAGGGAAUGCCCUUUCGGCGCCUUGGACCGAGUGGCCUUCGUGUUCCAGUUUUCUCUUUUGGCGGAUGGUUGACCUUGGGAGGAAGUCUUGACAAAGAUGCCACCAAGGAACUUAUCAAAACAGCCUUUGAAGCCGGGAUCAACAUGUUCGACACGUCUGAAAAUUAUGCGAACGGAAAAUGCGAGGAAGUCUUGGGAUAUUCCAUCAGGGAGCUGGGUCUACGUCGGUCGGACCUCGUCAUCUCCACCAAGCUUUUCUGGGGCGUCGGGCGAAAGAGCCCCAACGACGGAGGCCUCACCCGCAAACAGCCUGAUCCACACGUUUCGAUGGAAGAAACGGUCCGAGCAUUUAACUAUGUGAUUGAACAAGGCUGGGCAUUCUACUGGGGCACAUCAGAAUGGGGUGCUCGUGAAAUCGAAGAAGCGCACCACAUUGCUGCUAAACUGCACCUCAUCGGCCCAAUCGCUGAGCAAUGCCAGCACAACAUGUUAACUCGUGAACGUCCGGAGAAGGAAUACGCGGCGCUCUACAAGAAAUACCACAUGAGCACCACAGUAUUCUCACCAUUGCAGUUCGGUGUCCUCACAGGAAAGUAUCUUGACGGGAUCCCUGCCGACUCUCGCUUGUCAACUAGUGCACACGAGCUUGACUGGCUUUUCAAGGAACUCGAAAGCCCCCAAGGAAAGCAGAACAUGCUCAAAGUCAAAGAACUGAUGAAGUUCGCUCAAGAAGAACUUCAAACUAACCUAGCCACACUUGCACUUGCAUGGGUAGCCAGAAAUCCGAACACAGCGACCGUCAUCCUUGGAGCUUCGAAGUCUAGCCAGAUUACAGACAACAUUAAGGCUCUCGAGCUUAUCCCCAAACUGACGCCCGAGGUUCUGCACAAACUCGAUAAGAUUUUGGACAAUGCGCCUGAGGCUUUACCUUCGUACGGAAGGCCCUUGCUGGAUAGAUUUGGUCGAAUCUGA